AUGGAUAAUAAAUUAAUUAUAUUAAAAAUAACGCCUUUUCUGGCCUAUAAUUCGUUCUCUACGGGCUUCGGCUUGAUUAGAAACUAUAGUCAAACGCCAGACACGCAAAUACCUCAUAUGGCUAACUUUGAUUGCGAUUUGAACAUUGGCUAUGAAACUAAGCCUUAUAUAUUUGAUUUUGAUUUUCCGAUCAAGGGCAAUUUCACAGUCACAUGGCUCCAAAUGAUAAUUAAAUACAUGAUAUAUUUCAGUGCAAUUCCAGUGGAAAUUGAUCCGAAAGCCUAUCUGACAAUCGACGGCUACAAUGAGACCAGCGAUUCAUUUCUUACUUACAUUUACACAAAUGAGGUACAAAUAUCUUUAGAUAUGUAUCCAUUGAAUGCAAUGAUCCACUCGUUCGCCCACAUACUGGUGCCCCACAACUCGCCCUCCAUUGCAAUUAUGGGUGACCAUGCAACAAUUGUAACUCGAAUGGCCACUUCUAUCGAGACCCGGCUUAUAGACAGAGCUGUUGAGAGUAAAUCAAAUGAUAGUUUUAUCGACUUAUUAUUCACUCAAUUGUUAGGAAAAUACAACGAUUUGAUUGUUAAAAUGCGGUCAAAACGAAGCCACGAUUACUUCGGUCUCAAUCCGACGCCUUUAGCCGUACAAUACAUGUGUCCAGAGAUC